GACCCAGAGCUAUUUCCAGUACUCUUUCACAGGACUGUGAAAGCCUCCCACGGGACUCACUGGUGUGACCUCCAGAUGCAGCCCAGAAACUCUGCCUCUUGCCCUUGCUUGGAAACACUCGCUGGAGUCCCCAAGGACAGCACCAAGCGGGACUCUUCAGUGUCACCAGUUUCCUCUCCCUGCGGCAGAAGAAAUGUCAGGGCUUCCUGGACCUCUGGCAGACCUCUGAGGUGACCUGGACUUUCCCAUGGGUUCCUACAGUCCCCCACCAUCUCCCAGAUCAAUAUCCUGGGGGGACUGCCCACAACACGGACCGGCCAAGCUGCCCGCCUGGGGGCAGGUGGAUGUACUUGACCCGCCCACCAAGGUCCAGAACAGGCCCUUCCACAAUCCAGGCACUGAAUGUACUGAGCCUCCUGGGGAGCCGGGACUUGCUGUUCCUCCCAGAGUGAUGUGUCAGCAGGCGGUGUCUUGUAAUCUGCAAGGUCCAGGAUUCUCCCUCUGGCCCUAAAAUUGAUCUCCUGUGUACCCCUGGCUGUCUGGACCUGCUUCUCUUCCUCUGCUCACAGUGUGCAGUUGAAUGGGACUACAAACUCUCCUGUGUCACCAGGGUUUCUAGUAGUCUGUCUUGUCUCCACGGAUAACUCAGCAGUCCCAGAGAAAGCCCCCUGCCUGCUGUCUGCAAAGAGAAGCCAUUGUUUUCCCAGUGUGGGGUAACCCUCAAGGACUCUGGGAGCUCUAAGAACAGUGGGUAAGUUCUAACCAUCUGUAUUUCCAUGGGUGGGAAGCUGAAUCUGACUCUGUUCUUUGGGCACCCAAAGCUCAGAAGUUCAAAGUCAUCCUCAGCUACAAUUGAGUUCCAGACCAGCCUUGACCACAUAAGACCCUGUCAUAAAAAAUAAGAGGGGCUGGAAAGGUGGUGCAGUGGUUAAGAACACUGGCUGCUCUUCCAGAGGAUCCGGUUUCAUUCCCAACACCAACAUGGCAGCUCACAACCACCUGGAACCUCAGCUCUAGGGAGUCUGACACCUUUUGGUCGUUGUGGCAUCAGGCACACAGAACUGUGUGUUAGCGUACAUGCAGACAAAACACCUGCACAUAUUAUAAAAUCAAAUAAUAAGAGGGGAAGGAGGAAGAGGAGGAAGAAGGGGAGGAAAGGCAGGAGAGGAAGGAGGAGGAAGAGGAGGAGAGAGAAGAGGAUUGGAGGAAGAAGGCAAGGUAGAAACUCAUUGCAGUGGUUGGAGUUUUUAUUCUCUCAGCCCGGCAGAGGGAUGAGGGAGCAUAUGUCCUCACAAAAUGCCCUGCUUCGUGAUCUUGAGAAUGUGCCUUUCCUCCCUCCCUGCAUUCCAGGGUUCUGUUUCUAGAGGUUCUCAAAGGGCAGAGCUGGCUCUUUGACCCCACCCUGGAUCACCUGAGGGAGAGGGCAGCCCAAUCUCAGUUUGGGAUUACUUUGCUUCAAGGUGACUGGGCUCUGGGGAUAUGGCUCAGCUUGCAAGCUUGAGGACCAGAGUUCAAAUCCCUGUAACUAUGUAAAGAGCCAGACACUUUAGCAGCUCACAGCCACCCAUAACUGUAGCUCCAGGAGAUCCAACACCCUCCUCCCUCUCUCUCUCUCUCUCUUUCUCUCUCUCUCUCUCUCUCUCUCUCUCUCUCUCUCUCUCUCUCUCACACACACACACACACACACACACACACAAAUAUAUAAACAUUUAAAUAAUAAUAAAGUUGGGUGGUUGUGGCACAUGCUUUUAAUACCAUCACUCAGAGGCUGAGGCAGGCAAACUUCUAAGAUUAAGACCAGCCUGGUCUGCAGAGUGAGUUCCAGGACAGCCAGGGCCACACAGAGAGACCCUGUCUUGGAAAACCAAAGCCAACCAAGCAAAAGCAAUAAAUAAAACUGAAAUACGUAGAGAACUUCUGAGGAAUAACAGCAAGACUGGACUCUGGCCUCCCAUAUGCACACACAAACAGGACAUGUACACACAAAUAAAAUUAAAAACAAAUAAAAAAGCGGCUCCCCAGGUCCUCAUAGAUCCUCACUGGAAUCCAAAUGUUUAUGGGGAUUUUGCACAUGCCUGGGCUCCAUCUCCAACACACAAAACAAAAUUGAGUUUCUGUGACAUCUUUGGGGUAAAAUGAGGUCAAUUGGCGUCUGACUCAGUCCACAUAGAGUGAGUUCGGGCAAGUUCGGGCUUCUGCUUUAACAGCCUCAGUUUCCCCUUCUAUAAAACGGUGUGGAGUGGGCAUGAUUCAGAUCAGUACCGUAUUAGCUCCCUAAGGGAAGGACAGGCUUUGAUGGGUGCUGAAGAGGAUCCCUGCUGUCUGUCAGUUGCUCCUCCAGUUGGGGGUGCAGCUGGUGAUUUGAGGACGUCAUAGGCUUCUACACCCAGAGGUCACCCAUGCUAAGUGAGUCAAGUGUCAUUCCUGGUGAGAUGGGAGUGGCCACUGUGCAGGGGGACUUCCUCCACCUGGCACCCAGUUCCAACACCCAGGGACAGCAGCAGAAUCUUGCUCAGGGUGAUGAGGGUGUGGGACUUGGGGGGGCUGGCAUCACUGAUAUGGUAGUUACAGUAUCAGGGAGCUGGGGAGUCACCUGUCAGCACUGCCUCUGAGGGAAGGUUACAGCUCUGCUGAGGGAUUCCUGGGAGGUGCACUGCUUUGGUGCCCAUGGUGAACAUCUUGUGCAAGUUCCUAGAUUUCAGACUAAACCGCACAAAGAUGGCCUGUCUCCUAGCAGCCAGGACUUCCUAGUUUAGAGGCUAGCAGGAGACUACCUCCCACCACCAACCACCACCACCACCAGCACCACCACCAGCACCACCACCACCACCAGCACCAGCACCAGCACCACCACCACCAGCACCAGCACCAGCACCACCACCACUACCACCACCACCACCACCACCACCACCACCACCACCACCACCACCACCACCACCACCACCACCCCAGUCACAGAAUCUCAGCUGGGAGAAGGGAGGAGGGAGGUCAGGGGAGCUCAGAAUCGCUGGGUGGCUCCAGCAGUCAGACUCCCAGGGAGGGAGGCUGGGGAAUGUUGUUACACUGCAGCUGCCUGGACUUGGUCCUCCAAGGUAUCCAACCAACCAUGAGCUCAGAGCCUCUCCCAGCUUCCUCUUGCCCUCCUCUUCUCCCCCCUUCCUCUCCUCUCCUCUCCCUCAACUCCGCAGCCCUCCUCAGCGAAAUUUCUCUUGGGGUUGAAUGUACACACCAGUGUGCAUACCUGCAGGUGCCUUGUGUGCACAUCUGCAUGCAUGUGGGCUGGUGUGCAUGCAUGGUGCUUUUGCAAAUGUGCGUGUGUUGGGUGUGUGUGCACAUGCAAGUGGGCCAGUGUGCAUGCAUGCAUGCACCGUGCCUUGUGUGCACACAUGCAUGCCUUUUCUGUGCACACGAGCCUCGUGCCUGUACGGCCGUGUGCAUCCGUGCAGGUGUGUGCUUGCUAGCGCCCGUGUGAGUGAGUGAGUGCCCGCGGGCGCGCGUGCAGGCGGGGCAGGGAUUUGAAGCGGCGUGAGAGCCGCUGAUAAACAGCCCGGAGCGGCGCGCUGGCGGCUGCUAUCGGAGCUGCUGGCAGGCGCGCAAGAAGCUGUCCCGGCCGCCAGCGCUAUCAGCCCACGGAGGGAGGGCGGCAGGCGGGCGGGAGGGAGGGAAAGUGUUUGCUUCAGCCCUUAAUCACGGAAUUUGAAAUCCCAGCGAGUCGGUGCCAUUUAUUUUCAGAGCCUGUCAAGGCUGGUUUCGGCGUUUAGAAGAAAGGAGGCUGAGCGCAUUUACAUCUCCGGCUCCCACCGCCCUUCUGGAUCCGGUGGGGAGAGGCCAGCGGUCCGCGCCCGGGACUGCCCCGCCACAGCCAGGGCUCUGGGUGGCAGAUAGGCCUGCUGAGUGCAGGGUGCUGGCGAGGGUUAUCUUGAGGCACCGCAUUUUAUCCCAUAAAGCAAUCCUGGUUCCCCCAAAAUUUGCCCCGGUUUCGGAAGACUCCUGCCAACCUCUUCCCCUCGAGCCUAAAAUGUGCUCAGGGCACCGAGGGACAAGCACCUCCUUGUGCAGAUUCGGACACUGAGCCCUGAGACUGAGUUCAGGAGAUCAGCAAGGCCAAGGUCAUUCAAUGGCAGACGGAGACUAGGAGGGAGGCUGGUGAUGAGGGUGUCUGCAAUACACAGCACCUCAGGAAAUGGAGAGGGAGCUGGUAGAAGGACAGCUCUCCAGCUCGGUGACCUUACCCACUGUCCCUUCUCUGACCUUCACGUGGCAUGUUAGCCACCUCCCAGGGAAGCGGGUUGGCCAAGGCUGGGCAACCAGGUCUGCCGAGUUGCUGAGGAUGUCAACUCUGCAUCUAAUCUAUCCAGCCCCACUCUUUUUGUCCCCAGCCUCCAGUCUCUCUCGCUUCAUGGGGCUUCUGUCUCCAAGGAGACCCUUUGGCUGAGACACAAACCCCCAGGAAAAGAUGGCAGUGUCUACUCCCCAAGGCCCCGAUGGAAUGAGGACUUCCUAGGACCUCCAGUGUUCCAGCAUGCACAGUGCCCAGCACAGCAAAACACCUAACAUGUCCCUCUUUUCCUUACUGAUGUAACCUCUCAGUCUUGCUCUUCCUUCCCAGGACAGGAAGUGUCUCUCAGGAGCUUCUCAGUUCUAAUUUAGGUGAGUCCCACCCAAGCCCUUGGAAGGUUCCCAUGCUGGGGAAGAUGGGAGAACAGUAGAGACUGGAAUUUUCCUGUCCAUCUGAACACUUAAAAAGCCUUAUUUAUAGGAGAAUCAGCUAACACUAUGGCUUCUGUGUGGCAGGUUAUUUCACUGCAUUGUUUAUAGUUACGUAAUGUUCCAUUGGUCAUGCAUAUCUGCAUGAGGUACCUGAUCCUUAGUAGAUGGGCCAUACAGAUUAUGCCAAACUUGUCUUCUAACCUCCAAGCCUCCGAGCACAGGCUAGUCUCUUCCAGGAGGGGCCAUGAGGGCCAUCAAGUACCCCUGCAGGCACAAGGGAGAGGGCAAAUCGCUCUGGAGAACUUUCUCCCCUUUCAUAAGCAAGAGGUUGGCUAGGAUUUUCCUAGAGCCAGAACAGAAUAAGAGAAAUGGCUUCAGGCAAGGAAGCAUGGCAGGAACCUACCCUUGAUGUCCACCUAGGUAAGGAAGGCCCUCAAAUUCAAGGUAACACCCAGGCAGAGCUAUGCAGGGCGGCUCACUGAGUCUGAAAAGGGUGGAGCAUGAUUGAGACCAGAAUGGAGCAAGGGCCCUCCAAACACCCUCUCUCCCCUUCUCCAUGAACCCAGGGCCACCUCAGUCUACUCCCUAAGGUCCUGGUUUGGGAUGAGGAUUUCCUGGGACCUCCAGUGUUCCAGCAUGCACAGACCCUGGCAGAGCAAAACACCCCAAUUUCCCCUCUUUCCUUACUGAUAUGCCCAUUGCCCUGCUUUUCCUUUACAGGAAAGGAGGUAUCUCUCGGGGUCUCGGGCCCAUAGAGGAAGUAGGAAGGAAGCCCCAAGCUUGAAGUGCCUGCUUUACUUGGGAGCCAAACUCCUUGUAGCUUCAGUUUGCCUGUCUGUAUAUGUGAAUAUUGGCAACACCUAUCUCACCAGGCAGGAGUUCUGAGAACUCACAAGGAGUCCAAGAAAAACCCACAGCAGGCUCUUCAGCACACUGCUAAGUUCCCAGGGAGCCACCUCAGUAAAGAGAGUGUGGUAUAUGUGUGUGUGUGUGAGUGUGUGUGUGUGUGUGUGUGUGUGUGUGCCUGUGUGGACAUUUGCAUUCACAUAUGUGUGUUCAUGUGGCUGCACAUCUGCUUGUAAAUUCGUACAACUGCGCACAUGUGUGUACAUAAGUGUAUGUGCAUAUGCAUGUUUACACGUGCAUGUCUGUCACUCUGUUUGAGUGUAGCACCCACACUUGUUUUAGUUGCUUUUCUGUGGCUGUGAUAAAAUACCAUAAUCAAAGGCAGCUUAAGGAAGAGUUUGUUUUAGCUUCUGGUUCCAAAGGAGUAGAUGAUCAUAAUAUCUAGGAGCAGGAAGCAGAGAGAUCACAUAUCAGCUGAACACAGGAAGUAUAGAGAGUGGCGGGGGGGUGGCUGUAAACUCUGAAGCCAUGCCCCCAGUGAUAUAUCUCCUCCAGUAAGUUUCUACUCCCUAAAGAUUCCUUAAGUUCCCCAAACAGCAUCACCAACAAGAGACCAAGUGUAGAAAUGAUGCUACAAGGGACAUUUCUCAUUUAAACCACCAUACCACUCUGUGUGUCCAUACUCUGCCCCCAGAGGGCAUUGCGAUUUUUCAGCAGACCUAUCAAUACACCUUUCUAAUUUCUCUGGGCCUUAGUUACCCUGUAAGAUAAGGAUGACAAAGUAUGAUUCUAAGCAUAUUAAGCAAACAACACACACACACACACACACACACACACACACACAUACAAAAUGAACUCAGGAGUAGUUGAUGUGUGCUUAUGUAACAAAAUGGAACAUAACCAGAGCCAGGAGCAUGCUGGUACAUGAUGGAGGCUUUAAAAGCUCAGCACAAUUUGACACCAGCUGGGGCUUUUCUCUGAAGAAUAUGCUCUGUGAAGGACUGCCUGGAUCCCUGAAUAGAGACUAUGCAUGUGGAACAGACCAGUGGAUAGAGCAGCCAAAGUACAGUCAAUACUAAACCUGAGGUGCUAACAGACUUUAAUCAUAGGAAUCUACUCUUAGCCAGGGGAUGUUUGUUAUGUAGCAUAACCUAGCAUAAGCUGACCAGUGCAGAAACUGGUACUUAGAAAUAGUAGGCCAAGUAUGUGUCAUGGGCUCCAGGGGACAGACAAUAGAUGACAAGGAGACAGUUAUUGAAGGCCAGAAAGUUGGUUUGGUAGCCUGUGUUACACAACAGUAAAUAGUCAGUAAAGCUCCUGGCUAUAAGAGUUCUCCUGGGGGGUUGGGGAUUUAGCUCAGUGGUAGAGCGCUUGCCUAGCAAGUGCAAGGCCCUGGGUUCAGUCCCCAGCUCCGAAAAAAAAGAAAAAAGAAAAAAAAAAAGAGUUCUCCUGGAGCUGGAGAUAUGGUUCAGUAGUUAAGAGCAUUGACUACUCUGGUUUAAUUCCCAAAAUUCACACUUGUCUGUAACUCCAGUUCUGGAGCUUCUUGGCCAAUCACACAGACAUACAUGCAGGCCAAACACCAAUGAACAUUGAAAAAGUGAGUGAGUGAGUGUGUGUGUGUGUGUGUGUGUGUGUGUGUGUGUGUUUCAAAGCUGAAAAAAAAAAAUGAAAAACAAAAACAAGCAAACAAAAACUGAGCAAGAUUGUGCAUGUUUGUCAUCCUAGCACUUGAAAGGUGGCAACGGGAAGGCCAAAAGUCCGAGGUCUUCUCUGACUAUGUAAUUCAAGGCUAGCCUGGGCUAAAUGAGAUCUUUCCUCUCAAACAAAACAAAACAAAACAAGGCUGGGGAUGUGGCUCAGUUGGUAAAGUGCUUGUCUAGCAUGCACGAAACCCUGGGCUCAGUUCCCAGUAACACAGAAACUAGGGUGACACUGGAGGACAUUAUGAUCUCAGGACUUGAGAGUCAGGCAAGAGGAUCAGGUACCCAGAGACAAUCAGCAAACUUCCAGCUACCUUAGGCUUCAGAGACAGUGUCUCAUAAGGAAGGUGGGGAGGAGGAGGGCAAGGAGAGAGGGAGGAAGGAGGGAUUGCCAAGCUGAUAGUCCUCUGUGGCUUUAGCAUUCAUUAGAGGCUGGGGAAAAAGAAUGGCUGCCACGCAUGGUCACAGACCUGCUGGCCUUUGAUCUUAACUUCCAACCACUGGGAAGCCCCAUCCCUGUGGGGCUGGGCUGUGGGGGUUGGCUGCUAUUUAGCAGCUAACCAAGGUUUAGGGGGCAGGGCCUGGUGGGGAGGAAGGGCUGCAGGGCUUGGGAGGGUGUGUUAGGCUGCAGGAUUCUGGGGUGGAGAGGGAGCGAGGGCUGCAGGGCCCAAAGGGGGGUUGGGGGCGCUGGAGGACCCUGGGGGGUGGGGGUGGGGUUUCAGGGCCAUGGAGGGAAAGGGAGGGAGAAUGGGUUUCUAAGGAAGAAGCCUGAUUGCAAGUCAAGGGGAUGUGGGAAAUUUUAGAUUUGGGGGUUGAGAGUAUAGCUGGUGUCCAUAACUAACCAGUAAAAGGGCCCCAGGGCAGGCUGGAGAGGCGGCUGAGCGGUUAAGAGCACUGGUUGCUCUUCCAGAGGUCCUGAGUUCAAUUCCCAGCAACCACAUGGUGGCUCACAACCAUCUGUAAUGGGAUCCAAUGCCCUCUUCUGGUGUGUUUGACAGCUACAGUGUACUCACAUAAAUAGAAUAAAUAGAAAGAAAGAAAGAAAGAAAGAAAGAAAGAAAGAAAGAAAGAAAGAAAGAGAGAGAGAGAAAGGAAGGAAGGAAGGAAGGAAGGAAGAAAGAAGAAAGAAAGAAAGAAAGAAAGAAAGAAAGAAAGAAAGAAAGAAAGAGAGAGAGGACCAGGAAUGCAGCUCAGGGAGCUGAACACUUGCCAGUACCUAAGAAGCCCUGGAUUCCUUCCUUGGUGUUGAGUAAACAGGACAUGGAAGUGGUAGCGCUGUCUUCCCAGCACUGGGGACAUCAUGGAGGUAGAGGCUAUCAGGAGUUCAUCUAUACAGGGUGUUCAAGGCCACUAAAUGAAAUCCCAGCCGCUAGUGCUAGUGUCCAGAGUCCCACACACGCGGUGCAGGCAGAGAGACCUCCAGCUGGGAGCAGCUGGGGCAGGUCCCACCCCUCCAGUCUGACAGCUCAUGACCCACACCAGGGCCAGGCCUGGAGUUCCGCCAUCUUCUGACAAAUAGGCAGGCACCGUUCUGGCCCCUCUGGCAGUGAACUGAGUCUACAAAAUUCAAGUGACAAAUGACAUUUUAGUAAGACUCCUGACAUAUCUGUGCUUGGAACACAUGACAUGAUCUUGGAGCAGAUAAGAGUUUUAAUUUUAACUUCAUCUGUGUCCCCUGAAAUGCAUUGUUGGAGAAGCCUAACCGUGAAUUUUAAACUAUACAUAGAGACUCUCCAAAGCCACCCAUGGAGAGUCAAUAAAGAAUAUUCUAGACUAAAGGAAAAACAACAGGACAAAGACAUGCAGGCCAGCAUGUCUUUUCAGUCAGUUUGGUCAGCAGCACUCUUGGGAAAAUGUCAUGCCUGUGUGGUCAUAAUACCCCUUGUUGAGGCUGCAGGGUCUAGGUGUCACUUGCCUGUCAUCCCAGGCCAGGGGAAGAGGACCCCAUUUGAGGGUAGCCUAGACUAAAUAUGAGACCACGAAACCACUAAGGAUUGGAAUGGUGCUCAGUACAGGGACCUCCUGCCCUGGGUUCCUCUCUAGCACUGCAAUAAACAAACCUUUUCAAGACACAAGAGUAAUGAAAUUAUGCUAUCAAUAAAGCAGAAGGGGAAAUCCUGAGGGGUUAAAUCUGGAGGGACCACUCCCAAAACACAAGGGAGUGAGAAGAUGCAGGUUUCCCAAUACUUGAAGGCAGAGGCAGGUGAAUUUCUGUGAGUUCAAGGCCAGCCUAGUCUACAUAGAGACUUUCAGGACAGCCCACACAGUGAAACCCUGUCUCAAAAGAGUGGUUAGCUCCUGGGAGAAACACUGAGAUAAGGGAGUCAUAUGACACAGCUACAGUGUCCUCUGUUCUGAACCAGCUCCAGGCCAGCCCAGAUCAAAGGGGAGGAACCCUGUGUAUGGAUUGGGGUGGGGGUGGGAAUGAGGCGUUGCUAUUGGCAACCAAGAUGGCAGAUGGCAAGUAGGUUGGUCAUUGUUCCUAUCUAUUGUAAUAAGAAUUAUCCAAGCCUGUCCUAUCUCCACUUGGCAGGUUGAACCCCACCCCCAGACACCCCAAUACCACAGCUUUGAGACGUUCUUUAGUCAAUGAACUUACCCUGGGGUCAGCCAACUGAAGAACAGCUUCGAGAGCCUUGUGCGGGCAGGGCAGUCCACUCUGCUUUUGCUCAGAGAGACGCUCUCAGCUUCCGGGAGUCUAAGCAGAGAGGAACAGUAUCCAAGCCUCUUAAUGGUUGGUUUUGCACCCUCUCUCCCUUCUCUAGCAUUCAGAAGCCUCCAGCCCAUCCCUCUGUUCUGCAAGGAACCCCUGGCAAGCUAGGAGUUAUCUGUUCUUCCUUAUGCUCAGGGAAACUUGGGGGUUACCAGGAGCCACCUGUUGGGUAAAGGUGUCAAGCCACCUGCUAGUGAAGGUGGGGAGGGGCGCUCUCUCUGCAGAUGAGCAAGUUAUCUGUAACAUUCCUGACACCUGAGAGCACUGUGGCUCUCAGCAAAGCUGCUGGGACCUGUCCAAGGCCCUCUUGGCUAUUAAUUGGAUUUGAACCCAAAGAUGCCUCAUGCCCCAACCCUUAACCACUGGGUUCCCAUGCCCCUUAGACCAUGGGUAGGUGGCAGGUAUUCAUGAACCGAUGCAUGAAGUGACCUGGAGACCUUAGGGAAGACACCAAGGUCUGGGUGUGGUCACAGAGGAGCCACUUGCACUAAUGUAAAAAUUGAGGAGACAGGAGGAUGCAUCCAUCCAUCCCUGUCUCCUCAGCCCCCUAGCAGGACUCAGUCUCUCACAGUGUUGAUCAUGUGAUAGAUAGAGCUAGAGAGGCUCAGUGGGUGAAAUACCCUUACUGUAGGCAUGGAGCAGAUCCCCAGCAUCCAGGUGAAAAGACUGGUGUGCUGGAGCACUGAGAUCCCAGCACUGAGGAGUCACAGAAGUGUGCUGGAGCACCGAGAUCCCAGCACUGAGGAGUCACAGAAGUGUGCUGGAGCACCGAGAUCCCAGCACCGGGGAGUCACAGGAAGUGUGCUGGAGCACCGAGAUCCCAGCACCGGGGAGUCACAGAAGUGUGCUGGAGCACCGAGAUCCCAGCACCGAGGAGUCACAGAAGUGUGCUGGAGCACCGAGAUCCCAGCACCGGGGAGUCACAGGAAGUGUGCUGGAGCACCGAGAUCCCAGCACCGGGGAGUCACAGAAGUGUGCUGGAGCACCGAGAUCCCAGCACCGGGAAGUCACAGAAGUGUGCUGGAGCACCGAGAUCCCAGCACCGGGGAGUCACAGAAGUGUGCUGGAGCACCGAGAUCCCAGCACCGGGGAGUCACAGGAAGUGUGCUGGAGCACCGAGAUCCCAGCACCGGGGAGUCACAGGAAGUGUGCUGGAGCACCGAGAUCCCAGCACCGGGGAGUCACAGGAAGUGUGCUGGAGCACCGAGAUCCCAGCACCGGGGAGUCACAGAAGUGUGCUGGAGCACCGAGAUCCCAGCACCGGGGAGUCACGGAAGUGUGCUGGAGCACCAAGAUCCCAGCACCGAGGAGUCACGGAAGUGUGCUGGAGCACCGAGAUCCCAGCACCGAGGAGUCACGGAAGUGUGCUGGAGCACCGAGAUCCCAGCACCGAGGAGUCACAGAAGUGUGCUGGAGCACCGAGAUCCCAGCACCGAGGAGUCACAGAAGUGUGCUGGAGCACCGAGAUCCCAGCACUGGGGAGUCACAGAAGUGUGCUGGAGCACCGAGAUCCCAGCACUGGGGAGGCAGAGGCUAGGGAACAGGAUCUUUGGGGCUAACUGGCAGCCAGCCCAGCCAGGUAGUAAGAUCCAGGUUCAGGGAGAGGCCUUGUCUCAACCAUAAGGCUGUGGGGCUGGAGAGAUGCUCAGCAGUUAACAGCAUUUGCUGUUCUCACAGAGGACCUGGGUUUGGUUCCCAGCACCCACAUGGCUGCACAGCCAUCCGUAACUCCAGUCCCAGUGUAUCCGACAGCCUCUUCUGACAUUUGUGG